UUGAAAUGAAUGUUGCGGCAUGCGGAUUUUCAGUUGCCGUUCAACUGCCGCGAAUUCAGAACGUCCCACGCGGAUGUCAACAUUAUUUCUCUGUGGCGCGCAACUCAAACAAAUGUUGCGAAACUCAACAACAGUUAAACGCUUCACUUUAUUGUGAGCACUAAAAAAAAUCGCAUAUUGUGAAUGAAUGAAGAAUAAAGAAUGUGUCGGGCAAUGAAAUAAAAAAAAAAAAGCGCAACAAAAAGAAAAUAUCAAAGAGAAUUUCAAUGUGACAUCAAAUUGAAGUACACAACAAUACUAAUAAUAAUAACAACGCGACAAGUGUUUGUGUAUAUGUAUAUUCUAUAAACGUACUGCAAGUGGACAUAAAAGACCAUUAAAAAAAAAAAACAAGAAGGAAAAAAAAGAAAAGAAACAAAUACGCGUUUUGCUGGUUGACGAUUUGUUAUCGCCGCUUGCAGUGCGUGCCGCUUAAGCGCCAAUUUAAGUGGCAGGCAUUUAAUCAAGUGAACUCAAGUUGCCGCAUUGUCACAGAGAAGCAGCAGCGUCGCGGCGGCGUCCUUCGCAUGCCACCGAGUGUCGCUUACCGCUUGCUGAGUGUAUCGUGCAACAACAGGCAACCUCAGCUUCAGCUUCAACAUCAGCAUCAGCUUUAGCUUGAGCUUCCCCCUGGAGUGGAUCUUCAUUGUUAGCAACGCGCACAUUCACAAAAUUCCCAGUGAAAACAUAGCCAUAAAUUAACAACUAAUUCAAUUAACUGCUGACAACGUCAACGACGAGGCAGCGAGCAGCGAGGCAGCCAGGGGCGCAACGGGCAACGCUCUCCUAGCUGCCACUGCACUGUUGCAGGAUAUGCGACAAGUUGCUUAGAGGCAUCUCUGCCCCGUCCUCCACACCACACCACACCACACUCCACCACCUUCCACUCACAUAACGAGGCAACGCCACCUUCCGCAUUCCGCGCUUCAAUAUGGGCGAGCAGAGCAGCAACAGCAGCGGCGACAGCAGCAGCAGCGGCUCUGCAGAUAGUGGUCCCGAUUUCGGUGCUCUUCGCGAAGCCUGCGAGAAGUUGCUGUCGAACAGUAGCCAACAGCUGAAAGGCCCCCACUGUGCCGGUACCUUUGAUGGCUGGCUUUGUUGGCCCGACACAGAUCCCGGCGAAUCGGCCUUGAUGCCGUGCCCAGACUUCAUACCCGGCUUUGAUCCAACACGAUCUGCGCACAAAGAGUGUGACGCGGAUGGCGAAUGGUUCAAGCACCCGCUGACCAACAAAACCUGGUCGAAUUACACCACCUGCAUUAAUAUGGACGAUUUUGCCUGGAAUCACAAUGUAACCCUGAUCUAUGAAGUGGGCUAUGGCAUCUCCUUGCUGGCUAUCCUGCUUUCGCUGGCCAUUCUCGGGUACUUCAAAUCGCUGAAAUGCGCCCGCAUCACACUGCACAUGCAUCUGUUUAGCUCAUUUGCUGCCAACAAUUCGCUGUGGCUCAUUUGGUAUCUGGUGGUGAUAGCCAACGCCGAAAUGGUCCAAAGCAGUCCGGGCUAUUGCGUGGCACUUCACAUAAUACUGCACUAUUUUCUGCUGACCAACUACUCGUGGAUGCUGUGCGAGGGCUUCUAUCUGCAUACUGUGCUGGUGGCUGCUUUUAUUUCGGAGAAAAAGCUGGUCAAAUGGUUGAUUGCCUUCGGCUGGGGUUCGCCGGCCAUUGUCAUCUGCAUCUAUGGCCUGGCACGCGGCCUCACUGGCACCCACAUUCAAAACCAACACUGCUGGAUGGUUGACAACGACUUCAACUACAUAUUGAUGGUGCCCGUCUGCAUUUCGAUAUUCCUCAAUCUGUUGUUCCUGUGCAAUAUUGUGCGCGUCGUGCUGCUCAAGCUAAAUGCCCCAGCCAGCAUUCAAGGCAGCUGCGGCCCAUCCCGAACCGUCCUUCAGGCAUUUCGGGCGACGCUGUUGCUAGUGCCGCUGCUUGGCCUCCAGUAUAUGCUAACACCGUUUCGCCCAGACCCCGGACAUUCCUGGGAGACUACAUACCAAGUCAUCUCGGCGUUUACGGCCUCAUUUCAAGGUUUGUGUGUGGCGACAUUGUUCUGCUUCUUCAACGGUGAGGUGAUUGCCCAAGUGAAGCGCAAGUGGCGGACACUCUGCUUUAGCAAUCGGCCACGAACCAACUCUUAUACAGCCACUCAGGUCUCGUUCGUACGAUGCGGUCCGCCAAUGCCUGGCGAGGAGAAGGUAUGACUAAAGGACUUGUCGUCAUCGGCCAAGCGGCGUGCCUCCUCAGCGCCUCAUCGGCAACACCAACACCAACAACAUCAGCAGCAGCAGCAACACCAACAACAACAGCAGCAAGAACAUCAGCGUGGACGUAGCCAGAGCAUGGCAAUGGCAGGUUCAGCGUCCACAUCGUCGCGUAUUAUCGAUGGAUGGCGCAAUAAAAUGCAUUUCCUGCGUCGCCAGACUAUCGAUAAUGCGCACCAACGACAGCCGCUCAUGGAGGAAACAGCUGGCAAUACAAUGCAACUGAAACUGGCAGCCAAUACUGAGGUGGAAGCGGAGACGGAGGCGGACACAGAAACGGAGGCCGCAGCCAAACCUACACUGAUGACGACAAUUGCGGAAGAUACCGCCGAAGCAGCAACAUCUGCAACUACAACUACAGCAAAAACAACAACAACAACAACGACGACGACUACUAUGAAUGAUGCAACUGACCAGCAACGAAAUGGCCGAAGCAUGGCAAUGGGCAUGGGCAUGGGAAUGGGAAUGAGUAUGGGAAUGGGCAGGGGUGUAGUCAUUGUCAGCAUGGAUGCCGAUGCGAAUGGAGGCCAACAGAACAUUGCAGAUGAGGCACUUUAAGCGUAACUGAGGCAGCAAAAUAGUCCCAUUCCUCGCAUUUUGAGGAAGUCACAAAAGCUUGUAACGAAAUCUCAUAAUCUAAGCAAAACACAAAACAAAAAAAGAAACAAUUUUAAGUACGAUUACUGGAUGGUAGUUACCCGCCCACUAGAUAAAUGUAAUAGAGAACCAAACAAACCAAAACACAAAAACACACACACAGAGCACCCCACCAACGAUUUUCCCAGGGCAGAGAUGAAAGGAGUAAAACUAGCAAAUAUCAUGGCAAAGUUGCAUUUCAGCAGCAGACAGAAAACAAAACACAGGGAAAUGCCACAACUUAAGGGCUUGCAUACUUUGUCGGAGCGCUAUCAAGAUGAUAAAUUCCAAAAUAUGUGCUAUUUACCUCACGCUUCACGUCUUGUUGUUGCUCUCAACUGCAUGCAUUUUGGCAUUUUGAAUGCUGCCCGAAAGUAUGCUGCACAAAAGUUGUUGUUGUCAGUGUUAGUGUUAGUGUGAAAUGGCAACUUUGCACGAACUAAGUUAAUGCAUAUUUAAUUAUGAUUAUUAUUAUUAUUAUUACUAUUAUCAACACACACAUAUAUGUAUAUGUAUAUGAAUGUAAGAAUUUAUGUGGAUAUGAAAUAUCAUUGUUGUCCUAAGUGUUAGAUGUCUCUACAAACAAAAACAAACAAAGAAAAAAACGAAAAAUUGGCUAAAUCGAUGUGGUAAGCUCAGCUUUCUGACAUUUUCAACAAAAAAACACACAAACUUAAAACCAAACCAAACGCUUUAUCGUUUUAUCGCCAUUAUACAAGAGUAUGCUUCAAAUCUGUGUAUAUCAUAAAGAAAAUAAAUAUAUAUAUAUACUAUAUAUAAAUGUGAAUUAUAAACAUGUUUUUGUCCAUUCUGGUGGCUGGCAAAAACGACAUUUAAUUAGCCAAGUUUUGUGCUCGUUUCAUGAAUGCUGAAGAGAGCUCACUUCAGACUGCUUCCACUCAGUCGCUGUCGUUGUUAAGAAUGAUAAAUUCUGCUGGACUUGCCGCUUUGUUUAUUAACGCGCUAAUUUUGUCGGCAACGCAACAGUAACCACAACAGCAGCAGCAACAAAAACAACAAAGGGUAAAUAAGAGCCACCAUUGCUUUUUGUUUGACAUUUAUUGAAACUUAUUUGUUGAAGUUGACUUUUGUUUCAGCACACAGCCAGCGGACAUUUGACAGCCUCGUGGCAACCGCGUUGAUGUGAUUUUAAUGAUGUAACUGCGUUGCCAUGCCUGUUGCCAGUUGCCAGUUGCCAGUUGGCAGUUCGCAGUUUAUCAGCUGCCAGUUGCAAGUAAAUGCAGCAGCUGCUACACAACAUUUUAUGGGCCUUUAGGUUAUGGCGUGCAUGUUUUAUGCGUGUAAAGUUACGCGAUAAGUGGCCUUUUAUUGCUGCUCAAAAUGUGUUAAGUCGAGCUACACGUCGCACCGUUGCUGAUGUUUACAUAUUUCACAAAUUGUUCCGCGCUCUUCUGCUGCAAGGCGGUCGCAUUACUCAUACGCCACAUAUGCCGACAAGCAAAACUUUACUCAUCAAACGUGUAGGAAGCAAGCAAAUGAGCUGCUUAAUUGAGUGAGUGUGUGCGAAAGUUUGUUAUGUGUUGGAAAAUGCAAAUAUGAAUGCAGAGAGUGUGCGAGAGUGUGUUCGCCUUUGUGAGGUGUGUCUAAGUUAAGUGCAUGACAAGCUUUAAGCGCCAGCAGCAUUUUCAGAGCGCAUUUCUUUUGCCUGAGAACUCAAGUGCAGCAAUCACAAAAGAACUCAAAACGUACUCAAGCGGCCUGAACUGGACACCUUUGGCACUACUUGAGAGACACAAAGCAUUUCAACUAUUUUCUGCAAAUGCUUCACGAGUAACAAAAAAUAAAAGAAACGAAAACACUUACUUCGAAUAAAAUUUCAAAUAAAAUUUAUAUAUUUCUUAAACAGUUCACAAUUUAAUUCUACAUUUAGUAUUUAAAAAUAGAAAAUGAACGUUUGAAAGCUGAAAUCUCAUAAUUUACAAUUCAAUUCAAUAAUGAAUUGAUUAAAAAGUUUAAUUGAAAGGAUAAUGCGUGUGAAAUUAUCUUGGCAAUUGUUGGCCACAGAUUUUGGCUUUACUUGCGAUGCACUUUUUUAAUUAAAAACAGCCGGCAGAAGUGUGUGCUGCUUUUGUUGAGUCAAAGUUGAAGACUACUCUUGCAUCCUAUAUGAGUUUAAAUAAAGUUGCGCAUACGCCCUGUUGUGCGUGUGCGUGUGCGUGUGCCGGCGCUCGGGCUACUUGUUCCUGUGUCUGUUAAGUGGAGUGUGCGUCUGACGCAUUUGCAUAAUGAACUCAAUUAAAAGUUCGGUUGCCUGCCAAGCGCAGAGUCUGCGAGUCUGAGGCGACACCUCACUAAUGACGAGAAGGGAAUAUAAUAU